ACUCACCCCCAACCAUGUUCAAACAACUCGGGAAGUUCAAGGACAAAGCCAAAAAGGCCUUGGAUGACUUGGCCAACACUAUCGAGCACCAGCUAGUGCCUCGUGCACGCUCGCCCGUGCCAGUGCGUGUUCCGGUCUCCGGGCCUAGAAGGAAACCCUUCAGAAACAAUUACCGAGACUAUAGUACUAGUGCCCCCAAAUUCACUUCUCAAUUCCAAGUGCCCGUGGAAAGCACAGGACUCGCCCAGUACGCUCUUCGUACCGCCACUGCCAAUUCGGCCCCACGCGGGACGCUGGUCCGACUCUCACAGAAGCUUUGCAGUUUCUAUCGGACAAAACUCGUGGAGUCUGCAUUCCAAUGGUCCUUUGUGAACGUGAUGACUCGUUUCACCGUCAUAAAUGAUAAGUCGCGCUUCUACAAUAGCCUCACAAACACCUACGAUAAUGUCGGGUGCAGAGUAAUGAUGAACAAUCCAUUACCUGUCAAACAGGAAGUGCAUGGGUUAACAGUGAGCGAUAUUAUUGGAGGAUUGGAGUCAAAAAUGGCCGAAAUCACAUGGUGUGUUGAUGCGCUUAAAUCUCUCCAGCAAUUGGGAGACUUGCCAGCAUCUUGUGGAGCUCGAAUUGCCGUUCAUUUCGACAAUUUGACCAAAAAAGAGCUCUCUGACUUGUUAGCCGACCAGCAAGCGGAUUUCUUGCCCAUAACUGAGAACCUAGCCACGGGAUGGCUUUCGGCGAUGAACAAGGAACUUUUUCCCGGUAGAAUUGCUCCUGUUAGGGUAGGUUUAAGUCCUUACCGGGUGGAUUCAGAGGACUUAUCGGGCUCUGGAUACGUUUCCCAGCUCCUGCUUUAACGAUUUACGAGAUAUCUUUGGUGGGUGGAUGGAUCUGGACCUUUGGUGGGUGUAUGGGCCAGACGGGAAGGAUUAUGUUUUAUAGGAUCAAAUAUUCACGGUGUGUUAAUGCUUUGU